AUUUUUAUAGAAAAUUAAAUAGAACCCAUUUCAAUAUAUGUUCAAAUAUAUACAUAUAAUGAAUCCAAUUAGGAUUUCAAGAUUUGGGUUCUUGUUUUUGGUGAUUUUUAUUGGUUUGACAUAUGCAUAUGAAAGCCCUAGGGUUUCUAAUUCAAUUUGUGCACCUAAAUCUAUUAAAGAUUCAAUCUUUAGCUUUCAAUCUCAUUAUUGUCCCUUGAAUUUGAUUGAUAAUCAUAUUGGUGUUAUUGAGGGAGAUGAGACUUCAUUGCAAAAGGCAUUGGGUAUGGUUCAUAAGAAUCCUCAAGAUUAUGUUGUUGUUCUCUUCUAUGCAUCAUGGUGCCCCUUCUCCAUAACAUUUAGGCCAACUUUAUCAGUCAUGUCUUCUUUGUAUCCUUCAGUCGCUCAUUUUGCUAUCGAAGAAUCUGUUAUAAAGCCAAGUAUACUUUCGAAAUAUGGAGUUCAUGGGUUUCCUACCCUUUUUGUCUUGAACUCAACUAUGCGAGCACGUUAUCAUGGCACACGAACACUUGGUUCACUUAUGUCUUUUUACACUAACGUUACAGGUAUUAGAGGUGAAUCUGUCAAUGAAACAUCCCUGGGUGAAACAAUACACGAGCACGAGAAGAGAAAUGUCACUGAGCCAGAAAGCUGCCCAUUUUCAUGGGCACAGUCGCCUGAAAACAUGCUUAGACACGAAACUUACUUGGCAUUGGCUACCAUAUUUGUAGUUUUAAGGUUAAUUUACCUGAGUUACCCAUAUAUCAUGACAUGUGCUAGAGUUUCUUGGAGAAGAAGGAUCCAAAACAUUCGUUUUAGGAGCUUAUGGGAGCAUCCUUUGGCUUACAUGAACCGUGCAAUACAAUUGUUCAGUUCACUCACUGAACCUUGCAAGAGAAGCAAUCUUCAUGGAGCCAUGAAUGCAAAGGCUAAGGCUGCAUGGGCAUCAAAAUCCUUGGCUUCAGUCUCUUUUGGCGAGGCAAGCACGAGCCGUGACCGUGAUGGGUCGUAAAGUUGAGUUUGACUUGUUGACCUCAGUAAUUGUCAUUUAGGUAUUUACUUUCCUUGUGGAUUUAAUGUGAUUUCUUGAUGGGGAAGUAUUUGUCUAAUUGGCUUUGUGUGAAAUGUAGAUUACCAUUUAUUUGAUAGUAAAAGAGUUGUAACAAAGCUUUUAUGUGUCA